ACCCCUCUGCAUCUGUGAAGUGUAGCGGAGGAUAGCGGGCACAGACUCACAGCAGUACCGGACCGGUGUGGUAUGUGUGUGGUACACAUCGCGGUGCUCACUGCAGCUCUCCAGCCUCACUGGCACUGUCCUCUGUGAUCGGGUUUAAAUACGGCAUGUUGUUUGAGUGCUGCUGUGAGCUCGCGGAACCUGCGCUGAUCAUAUAAACUCGAGAGCGGAGAAACAGCUGAUCCACGGAUGGUCGUCUGAGGCAACAAUCACCAGAGCCAAACAAGUGUUCAGCCUCUGCAGUGAGGUGCAUUUGGUCGAUGAAGACGACUCAUCAUUGUGAUGUAUAAUGGCUCCUGCGCUGAGUGCUAUGUUGGGGUCAGAGGUCGCGGGGGCAGCGGCGCUGGCUAAAGGGGAGCUGGCACUUGUAGGCACGCUCACGGCACUCACAGCUUUCCUGCUGCUUUCUGUCAUGCUGCUGCUGUGUGCAAGCUGCCAGGGGCAGAAAAAAGGGGGGCCGCCAGGAGACCAUGAAAACCUGAUGAAUGGGGUGUCAGAAAAGGAAGUAUGCAGCCAGUCAGUAGAGAGCCAUGGUACUGACUUGGCGGUCAGCAGCUCUCAUAAUGGGCCUCUUACAAGUGGUACAGUACUAACAGACACGACGGACACAAGUCCUCAGCCUUCUGAAGACAUGCUGUCCAGCCAGUCAGAAAUCAGAUCCUCUAAGUAUCACCAGGACCGCGAAUUACCCAGCAUUCCACCCACCGAUACCCUCAAAGCAGCCAUCGAUGCUCAAGUUCCCUCAGGAGAAGGCACGUAUGAGGUGGUGAAGGACAGCGCCUCCCGUGAUGUCAGUGUUGAGGACUGUCUGUACGAGACGGUGAAAGAACUCAAGGACAUUGGCCUCCCUAACGGUACACUAAGCCCAGAGGAACCACCUGCACCGCUUCUUAACGGCCACCCAAGCCCCGCUACACAAGACCACACCAUGCUGCCCAAUGGUGUGGAGUAUGCCUCUGUCAACCUCAGCAAGAAGAGCCGCUACAGCACUGACAUGGAGGCCAGGCAUUCAGCCGCCAUUGUGAAUUUUGAAGAGCCUGAUGAUGAAAAUCCACCUCCUGUUCCAGACAAAGUACUGGAUGAGAAUGACAACCAGCAGAUUCCAAAUGGACAGUUACACUCCCCGCUGACGACUCCAAUGCCUCAGGACAAUGUGUCUCCGGACAGUGAGUUAUCAGACAUGUACUCCAAGGUAGCAAAGAAUACUAUAAAGGAACCUGAGAAUGACUACAGCAGCAUCGGGGAGAUGAAGGGAAUGGUGGCGGAGUCGACUUCUAGUGAUCUUUACGCCACGGUUGGGGAUGAAUACCCAAUGGCUCUUGGCUCCCAGCCUCCAGAGGGGCUUACAGAGAAUGCAGACCCUGGGUAUGAGACCAUCAAGAUCUCCAAAGCAUCUGAAGAGGUUCAUCAGGGCAAUGGGAUAGUGGAACCUGACUAUGAGAGUGUGGGGGAACUGGGUCUCAACGGGGAGAUCUCCCGUCUCUGACCACUCAAAUAAGGGACUGUGGACACUGAGAAAUCACUUCUCUGAGGUUUAGAAGUGGAAGUUGGAGUGGUAUCGCGAGUAUAAUGCACUUAACCUUUCCUGAUUGAAUGUUUUUGAGCAUAGCAUUUAUGCACCGCAUUGUUUUUGAAUAUUAUAAAUGAAAGGGUUCGUUCAGACCUGUGACCCAGCACAGGAAAUUAAACACUCUACACAGCAAAAUCCCCAGAGUUAAAUCAACUCUGCUCAGAGUACAUAUUGUCCCAAU